CCGGCGUUCCUCAGUCUGUGCGGUUGCGUCUGAUACUCGUGUUCGGUACGCUAGAUCACGUGCGUCCUCAACAAAGGGGCGAGAGGGAAUAAGGGACAAGCGAUGUCGACAUUACCGUUCCUCGAGCGUGUCACUGCGGCGGCAACAUCGAAUUGUUGCCCUCGGAAUGUGUGAAAGUCCUCCAGGAUUAUCGCUGCAGCUGGAUCCAUGAUUGCGGUGCAAAAUGGUGGAUCGGCAAAAGGCGCUUCUAAUAGUGUUAUUGGCGCUCUUAAUCUAUCCAAACGAUAUCUUCGGUGGCGCGUUCCAGCCCGAAUUCUCCGGCCCUAUCGCCAAUCUAACUAUAACUCUCGGGAGGGACGCCACUUUCACGUGUCACGUGAAACAUUUAGGAGGCUACAGAGUCGGCUGGGUGAAGGCAGACACGAAGGCGAUCCAGGCGAUACACGACCACGUGAUCACGCACAACCCGAGGGUGGCUGUGACUCACAGCGACCACACGAUGUGGAACCUUCACAUCAAAGGUGUCCAGAUAGAGGACGCCGGUCUCUACAUGUGCCAGAUCAACACGGAUCCCAUGAAGAGUCAGACAGGUUUGCUGUCAAUUGUUGUGCCACCUGAUUUCAUCUCUGAAGCUACAUCAAGCGACGUAAUGGUGGGCGAAGGUGGUCAGGUGAAGUUAACGUGCCGGGCGAGAGGCAUACCACCGCCGCGCAUAACGUGGCGCCGAGAAGACGGCAAGGACAUUAUAAUUCGGGAGCCAUUUGCAGGAAGCGCCCCGAACCAGAAGUUGCAGGUUUCAAUCGUGAAUGAGUUCUUUGGCGAAGAGCUGAAACUGAUGAAGAUCUCGAGGAACGAGAUGGGAGUUUAUCUGUGCAUCGCCUCCAACGCGAUUCCGCCCACGAUCAGCAAACGGAUUUUUCUCAGCGUUCAUUUUCCGCCUGUGAUUCAAGUACCAAAUCAGCUGCUCAGUGCGCCCUUGGGGACCGACGUGAUUCUGGAAUGUUUCGUUGAAGCAUUCCCGAAGUCGAUUAACUAUUGGGUCAAGGACAAGGGUUCGAUGCUAAUAUCUAGCUUCAAACACGAUGUCAAGGUGAUAGAGAAGUCGCAAUUCGAGAUCCAAAUGGUCCUCAUCAUCCGGUACUUGCAGAAAUCCGACAUGGGAACGUACCGAUGCGCGGCCAAAAAUUCCCUCGGCGAGGUCGAGAGCAGUAUUCGAUUAUACGAGAUCGUCAGCCCCGGGAGGAUAGUCACGAAGGCGAUGCCGCCGUUCUAUGAGGACGUGACCGUGACGGCGCAGGACACGGCGGAGAUGGACAAGACGAAGAACGAGCUGCUGAUGGUGGACGAAACGGUGCGCGGCCACGUCUUGGGUUAUCCGGUGCUCGUCACGCCACCUUCGACAAUUCGCGUCGCCAAGAAACGACCCGCGACCAAGACGAGCUCGGGCGCAGAUCCACGAGGGUCCGCCGUCGUUCUGUCGUCAGUAGUGUCACUGAUGAUGAUCGUAUGCCGAAGGUGGUGGCCGUGCUGGUGGUGAGAAACGAAACGGGGAAUCCCAAAGGAUCGUGGAAGGACUGCUGUUAGCUCUCGCGAUCGUCAUGGCCCGAUCUCGGCGACAUCGCGUAACUCGCCUUCGAAGAAGAUCGUUAUACGUGUGACCAACAAUGUUCGUUGCCCAUCGAUGGAUCCGAAGUUGUUUCCGUCGUGAAUCGCUGAACGAGUUUCACGAACAGAUAUUUCCGCGUUUCAUCACCGGCCUGUCAGAUUCUCCGCUGCUUCGAUUCUGAUUGAUCAACCGAAAGGGAUCACGUAAAGCGAAGCACGCUUCGCGUUGUUCAUUCAAAUUUCACAUCCGGCUCCAUGUAAAAAGAAAGUCCUCAGACUUCGAUCUUCAUUGGUUAUUCAACAGCUUGCUCGGCUUUACGCAACGAAAACAACUUCGAUCGGGCUUAAGUCGCCGUUGCCGCCGUUGCCGCCGCCGACAACGACGUAUCGUCUUCCCUGAGUGGCUUAUUCGUAAUUCGUAGACCUAAUCAAUGGAUCGGGAGAUCGCAGAAGGGAUGAACCAAGUUGGGACCGAAGACGGAGACGCGCAUCGCGCCAGGCGUAUCUUGAUCGUUUUUGCUUGGAUCAAGAAAUCAAUCGGUGAGUGCUGAAUUAAUUAAAGCGAGAUAUCGUAUUCGCGGUAGAAUUUGGGUCGAUCCUAUUUUCAAUGUUAUAAAUAGUGUCCUAAAUUUUCUUCUUUUCUAUGCAAAGGUAGACUCGAAUAAUCUCAUGAUUACCUUAUAACGAGCAGAAUAUUUUAGCAGCUAUUUAAGAGAUUUUCUAAGCUUUAAUACGUCGCGAUAUAAAUCACUUUCAUGUAAAACUGAUUGCUUUCAUAUUUUAAUACGUAGAGAAGAAUGUUGCAUACGUUUGAAUCAAAUGGUGAAUGCUUGAUUGAUUAAGAUACGCUUAGCGGAUGAACGACGUCUAUGAUACUUAACGCCAUAAUAAAAGAAAAAGAUAGGCGAUAGGCGUAAAACGUAGGAAAGGAGACAACGAAAUGGUAGAAGCCAGAAAGCAGAUAGACACAAAAAGGACGACGCGAGCAGAGAGAGAGAGAGAGAGAGAGAGACAUAUCUCGACGUUAAAAGUCCUCGAUAAUAUUCGCGCGGAUCGAAGGACCAGGUACGUAACUCCUCAGUUUCGGCGGCAAUAAAUUUGCGUGAUGUGUAUAUAUGUACGUAUAUCAUAUAUUGCCACGCUCGCACGUGUAUAUGUGUGCAUACUGACACGUCAGGGUAACUAACUAACACGUUCGUGCCACCCUUCCCCAUCCUACCCCUCCGUUACGCUCUCGAAUCGCGUGCGAGCGGCGUAGCGUUCCGUAGAUAGAUCCUCACGAUUACGCCGGUGUAAUAGAAUAUGUAUCGCGACUUAAAUGAGUAUAUCGACAGCUUUAAACGAGUUCGAGCUGGAAGUAGCAAGGCGUCGCGCCGUGUCCGUCGUAGACGGAUCCGCCCGAUAUCUCGGACCAAUCGAUUACGGACGAGUGGUCCGAAGUUGUUCGCCACAAAAUGCCCUGAUCACGGACGCGCGAUCGCGUACCUGUCCCUCUCCCGCUAACUUUCUUAUCUUCUCAUCGACGGAUCUUUUAUGGCGCUCUCGACAGCGGUUCUCGACAGUAAAACUCGCCAGUCAACAUGGAAUUGAGCGCUACUUUCGCGAAACGUUUAUUUCAGAGCUUUACUUUUACCGAAUUGCGGCCCUCGAUAUCAAAACGCUCCGAACGAUAGCAGUCCAGUGAAGAGUCAUAUUCGAUGACUGUUUGCAGUUUUACUCGCGAGAACGGCCCUCGAUGUUAGAAUUUACCGAUGAAAAUAAAAUUCAGCGCGACAUUUUCAACGCGGAUAUUUACUUGCGAACUUUAUCCUUUAACAGCAACUGUCGAUCAUAUGGCUCCAGAUUUAAUCUAAACUUAACUUGAAAGUGACGCUGAAUAAGCAUCCACUUGAGAACUGAAAGUUGUUCUGUAAAAAAGCAAAAGCUACAAAGUAAUAAAAUUCUGGAGAGUACACUUUGCAAUGUUCAUUCAAUGUAUCGUUAGAAAUACGUUCAAGAUAUUUUUUUUAUAUUGAUUGAAUAACUUAAAUUAGCGUUAAUAAAAUAUAAAAGUCUGUAAUUUUUCGACAUUAAUCGACUUAAUAAUAAUCACUUAAUAAUAAGACAAUAUAAAACUGAUCUUUCAUGUUCUAAUGUAUUAUAUAUUACAUAUAUUACAGUUAAAAUUGAUAAACGAUAUCACGAGUAUUGCAAAGUGACAUUCGUAGAUCGAUUAUACUUUUAUUAACUUCAUGCUUAUAUUAUUAAUGAAAUGAAACUUUUUUUAUAAUAAUAAUACCAAAAUAAAAUUUUUGAUGAUGAAAUAAACUAACAAAAUUAUAGUAAAAUCACUCGAUAUAUAUUAUAUAAAAAGUAUGUACGACAAUAAUGAUGUUGUCCGAACAUUGCGCAUGAACUACAAAUUUUAAUCAUUUAGGAGCAAUUCAAUCAAAACACGGCAAGAAUCAAUACAAAAUUUCUUCGAUCGCGCGUCCUAUGGUCAGGUACUGUAUAUCCGAUCACUCGUUUCCGAUGUGAGUGACUAAUAAUCGUUCAUUAGGCCAACGCGGACAAACUUUUCUGCCGCGCUUCGAACAAAUGUGCAAAACACAUGUACGAUGGAAAGAGUGCAAGAAAGAAACCAAGCAUGAAAGAGAGAAAGAGAGACAAUGUGCAUGCGUGAGAGUGAUACUAAUUAUAUUUUUAUAUUUCCAGCGUAGCGUAUUUACGUUCCGUAUCGAUAGAUCCUUUAAUGAUGGUCAGAGCUCUAGUCGGCCAUUCCAUUUGCUAUCAUGACAUUCGGUUCUCGCAAUGAUUUCUCUCUCUCUAAUUGAUUGAUGUGACUACAGCAUAGAUCUGGACGAGUCAAAAUUGGUCGUGUCUACUCCUGCUUUUCCAUUGUUGAACGCGUCAUCGCAAAGUGGAUCCAGAACGAUCGUGGAUAAUAAAAUCGAUCGCAUCGGCUGCCGCCACGCACCGCUCGCCACGACAGUUGUAUUCACUUGCCAAAAUAAAUCGGUCAUUCCCGCGGGCGCGCUCGAUUUUGGGAGUUUUGUGGCGACUGAAAUUGUGUCUCGUUACGCUUCGCGGUUCGUUUUCGAAACUCACCGACAGGUCUCUCGCAGGAGCGCCGUACGUGCCCAGUCUCCGAUAAAAUUUAUUUAUACAUUCGUGUGUUUCUCGAGCGAUUUGUCCUUCACAAUCGGCCACACAUUAAUUACUAAUUACUCUUAAAUUAUCGAAAUUGUUCCUCGAGUGGAACACGACGGGAAAAUUAAUUCUUUCAUUGUCCAUUGUGUUCCGAAUUACAAUCAUUGAAUCUUAAUUUAAUCCGUCAUUAUUCGAGAUCUUCAGACAGUUCUCGAGCUCGCUUGUUUUCAUGUAAGAACGCGACAAAUAAGUUAUUUUCGCGAACUCGAUCGACUCGAAACAAUGGAGCUAGCCGAUCCGCUGGCUGUCCGCGACAUUGACUCGAGUUUUUAGACACGUAUAGAUCAAGAGCCUAACGUCCGAAGCCUUGUUGUCACCGUGUUAGUCGAAUUAUCUGAGGGAUUCAAAGGAAAGCGAGGUCUCGGGAACAUUAUUAGAGCUUUGUCAGCGCUCGCGUAAAGAUCGAUCUCGAACCAAUUCGAGUCUCGGCCAACUCUCAACUCGCUUCGCUGUUGAGCCGCUCUCUCAUUUCGACGUCCGAAGCGUCUGAACGCUCGUCAGGCGCGCGUCAUCGAUUCGCCGCUGCACACAAACAUAUUCUGUGUCUUUGACGAACUGCCACCUCGUGUAUCGGUGCACGCGUGAAAGCUCGCCGAAACCGACGCGAUCAAGAAAUCCGCCGCGUCAUUCCGGCGCCGCAAGUGUUGAAGAUCUCCGAUCUGCGCCUAGUUCGACUUGGUGCACGAAUUGCAGUGAAAUAAACUGACCGUUGAGUACACAAGAGUUCUCUCUCAACCUGUAACUCCCUCUCCCUCCAUACGCUCGGAAUCAUCAGGGCUCCGAGAGCACAGUCUCGCGCUCAACGCUGGGCGGUUCCGGUAUCACAAAACACAUUGCAUUUUGAGAAUGAAAAUUAUAACAUAAUUUCUAAAUAUUAUGCAUAAUAUCGAAAUAGAGAUAAUGUUAUAGAAAAUAUGUUUCAAUGUUGACGUGAUUGACAAGGCUUCGCUGACAUCGUUUCGUAUAAACUAAUCUUGUUUACCCAAAUCGUUGCGCGUUUUAUUCAUUUUAUUUAUUUCGCAGUUUAUAUUUUAUUAUUGAUAAUUUUCCGUCACAAGAACUGGAAAACCUUGCAAAUAACAAGAAUCUCUUAUUGGAUGCAUCGUGUAAUGAAAACGAAUGAUAUUUCAGAAAGACGAUUACAAUUUUUUCAUCGUUAUCCCCAAUCGUGCAUUCCUCUGAAAUAUCUCGUCUGAUAAAAUUGUCGCUCGCAACGUUUUUCCGAGGAGUCCUUCAAUUAACCGAUGGCCUGUCGUGCGUUCGAUAUUAAAUAUGCGACGUACCUCACAUUCGUCAUCGCACAACCACCUCGAAAUGGUCAGUCGGCAGCAAAAAAAAGGCCGGUUCGCCUCGCGGAACUCAAGAGUCCUCAUGAGAGCCAAUGAAUGGUCGCUCUCUCCACGACCGAAAAAAAAAUCGCGGCGCUUCUCCCCCGGUCGGGGCAAAUCGCGCUCGUUUGCGACACGCCGCCCGUACCCUGCGAGUACGAGGGUGCUUUCGCUCCCUCUUUAUUUCGUCGGCGGGAAUUCUCGUUCCGGAACGAUUAUCGUCCUUCUCCGGCGACGAUGGCGGGACAACGACAGAGGGGCGGGUCGGCUCCUCUCUCUUUCUCGGUCACCGUGAGAAAUUAUAAGGGCGAAUCCGCCUUUAAGGACUACGAAGAAGAUCUUAGUUCCUCCAUAAAUAAACACAACUGCCCGCGCAGCUGGCGCGGACGUAAUUCAUCGUGAAUUAAUUUAAGGGCCACCGCCAUCUCCCGCGGCCCUCGCCGCCCUCAUCCACCAUCUCGAAUCCUCCCCGUCCCCUCCCGCUCUUCUCAGCCCCGUCUCUCAUCCCCUCGCCACCGGCCGCUUUCAUUAGAAGGCCCGCCGUGCCGAGGCCGCGCCAUUUGGCGGCUCUCCGCUUUAUGCUGAUUUUAUUUCCCUUCUUUUGCGGGUAUCUCGGGUGGAGUAAUUGUGCGCGGUAUUAUCAUUCACCGCGGCAUCGUGUUGUUCGGCCGCGUGAGAUAUCGGUCCUUCGAAUCGGUCGAAGGCAAAGCGAAGAGGAUAUCACACGGUUCGCCGCAGCUUCCUGCCUCUUCUCAUCCUCGUCACCUACAUUCUCAUCGUCGUCGUCAUCAUCGUCGUCGUCGUUGUCGUCUUUGUUCGUCGUGAUGCCCAACGGCGUCAACGACUCCUUCCUACGACUUCCAAACGGUCUUGCCGUUCCGUUUGAACUACGGCGAGAAGUCAUACCUGUAAAGUUGCAGCUGCAGCAGCACCUUCUCACACCGGUCCUCAGCCGUCUUUCUCCGUAUGGUUGCUCGUAGAUUUCCGUCUCCCACCCACGCUUCCACCCUCGGCCGCUUGCUUAAAGCGUCGGUUACGCUUAUUAAAAUCCCGUGAAGUACGACGUGUAAGCUCGUCGAGAGAGAGAAAGGGAGAGAGAGCGGGGAGAGAGAGGGAGAGAGAGAAAGAGAUCGAGGGUGAGAGGAAGUGGUGUGUGUACAGGAGACGCGGUUAGUUUAUCGCACGCUCGGUUCGUUUCGUCAUUUCGACGCCUGAUGAAGGAUACAGUUCCAAAAGGCUCAACAUGUUGCAACGAGAACGAUCAAUGAAAUUUCACGACUCAUCGCGAUAUAUCAGUGUUCCAUACGUCCUACGUUAAUAUAUUAAUAUAUGUUUUCGUGUCGCUGUGGAUCUAUGGCAGUGCUCUCGUUAUAUUGGAUUGCAACAUACAUUCGUCCUGUGGUUUUAGUGUUUUUAAUAACGAAUAUAUGUUACAACCCACAUUAUUAAAAAUACUAAAUCAAUAGGACGAAUAUAUAUUAUAUAAUCCAAUAGGAUAACUAUAAUCGUCUUGUGUGAAGAUAAGUAUAAAAUUCCAAAUUUAUUAAGACAUUAAAGUUAUAUUUAUUCCGAGAUCUGGAAUACUAUAAUUUAUAGACUUUUGAACUUAUCAGUAUAUUUUUAUAUUUUAUUACUUUUUCACGUUGAUUGCAAAGUCUAGUAAUGGUUUGUCUUGUGUUUAACGCUUGAUAUAAGUUGACUCUUUAACUGCGAUUUUUUUAUAAUACGAUCGAACAGCUUUGAGAAGUUUGUUUUAUGAGGUUUAAGUGGGUCGAUUGAACCGAUGUAAAGUUUUGAGUCUUGGAGGAGGGGAAUUAGGCAACUUCCUUUUAUCUGCGUGAAUUAUCGCCUCAUUGGAUCGUCCCUUCUUAGCAUUCACUUUGUCUUUGUGCAAACAAUGUUGCAUUUUUAUCUUUUGAGCUUCAUAAUAUUCUGUCGAUAUAUAUUUUCUGCAGAUCCUUAUUUUUCUUGACAUUGUUUAUUUGAUACUUUAUUUGAUUAUUUUCAUAAAUAUUUUUUGCUGCAGAUGUCGAUAUAUUCUAUAUGAUUCCUGAACUAUCUUCAUUUUUUGGUGCCGCUGUUGCCACGCUUAUCUUUUUCAUGGUCCUUCUUUUAUUUACUUUAGUUUCGUAGCGUGGCUUGUUCUGGCCGUUGGUUUUUUUACGUUUAUUGAGUCAUAAAUAACAUCAUAUCUUUUUUAUCGAAUGAGAAAGCAUUGUUGCAAAAAAGUACAACAAUUCAAAUAUACAUUUUAGUAUUUUUACGAUUUUCUUGCAAUAAUUUUCACAAUCUGUUAAUUUCAAUAUCGAAUUUGUAUAGAAAGCAAUCGAAGCAAAACUAUUAUAAUAUUAUAAUUGUUAAAUAUUAUUUAUAAAUAUGUAUUUAUCAUUUCUGUUUAACAUUAUAUUUUUAUUAAUUAUAUUUUACAAAUAAGAAUAAUAUAAAUCAUACACUAUAUUAUAAUAUAUAUAUUGCAAUUUUACUUUUAAACAAAGGGAAAAUUUAAUUCUUCGCUUAUCCAUGGAUAUAAAUGUUUACGAAAAAUUAAAGAAAAAAGUACAAUUAAGAUAACUGGCUUAUAUUUAAAAGUAUGAUAGAAUCUUCUUCUCAGCUUAUAUUAUUCACUUUUACGAGAGUGAACUGCGACAUUACGACAUGGACAUUCGCUCUUUCGAUCCCUAAGCCGUUACGGAACAAUCGGAGUUCCGCCGCACUUAUUUUCCGACUUUUCCUUUAAGUUCGGUGACGGACAGUAUCGAGAUACAGUUUCCGAAAAACAAAAUGUAUUAUGGAUGUUUCCCGGAAAAAAACAUUCUCGCGUGAGAGAGCUGCCGAUGAAUUUUCUACGUAGUGGGAUACGUGGCCGGAAGCAACCCUCGAAAAUCCCUAAGUCGCCCGUCGUGGAAGUUAUCACUUGACAGUUAUAUGGCAGCUGUACGUCACUGUUACUCGGCGAGUCUUGCGGGCAGCUUCCCCCCUUUUGCUCUUCCAAACACUCCCUCUUUCCAGACUGCAAUAUCAGACAAUACGAGAAAAUGGAACUUUUUGAAUACAUGGAGAACUGUUAAUGGUAUGCAUGAUGCGAGAAGUGAUGAUGUCUCACCCAUUUUAAAAACUUUCCAACCCCACAUUCCUCACCCUCUCUACCGGCGCUGCUAAGCUUUAGCAUCGGUAUCGUAAGUACGUAUUUUAUCUGACAUCAGAAGAGCCGAGGUAUGAAACAUCUGUAUUUAUAUCUUUCAAAUAUAAAUGGAUAUAAUUUUAGAUCAAAACGCGACGUAAAUAUCUUUAAUCUUUAACUGGAUGCUUAACUUAGAUUAUAAAUCAAAUUAUACAAUCAUUAUACAAUCAUGCUUUAUUUACAUGCAUUCAUGAUCAUUCAUGUGCUGACGUAUUGCAUCGGAAUAUAUUAUAAAUGUUACACAUUUAUUUGUAAACUUGAAGUCCACAAAUGUCCAGAGGAUUAGUACUACGCUUUUUUUUUCUUUUCUAUUAAAGAAAUUUAACUAAAGUUCCUGUGAAGCAAGGACAGAGUUCGGUUUUUGAAUACGAUACGCAUAGAUACAGAUAUAGUCGCGCCGGCUCUUCUGAUAUUAACCGCACGAAGUAGCUUUCCUGUUGAGUUUCGACGUGGCAUGUCGUAUACUUUUUGCAUGGCGCAAUGAAAGUUGAACGCGAUUGGAAAGUGGAAGGCGUUCCUCAUUUUGAUUUAUGUGAUGAUCGAAGUAUCCCAGAACCAUUGGUACAGGUCCUACGGGAGUACCUCACGAGGCGGAAAUGUGCUUUAGAAACUUUCCACGAAACAUGUUUAUGCGCUUCUCGACGGGUGUACAAGACACUGAUUAACCGGAUUGCAUUGACCUCGCUCAUGAACGAGAUCGGUUUGACUUUGCGCAUGAGGAAAGAAGACCGUACUCAUCGUUGUUAAAUAGGCGACAAUUUCCCACGCCUGAACGAACUCAUGCGAGUGUUGUCUUAUGGACACUGCUCGUAUGAGCGCGUACUCGAUUGUUAACAGCGUAUAUUGAGCGCAAGGCUAUCACCCUGUAUAAAUAAUAUUCGAGAAGUCAUAGUUGGCGCUCGACAUGACUCUACGAUGGCAUCUUUCCUUUCCUGGAGUGCGCGAUGUAUAGUGUCCGCAUAAUUUUGUAUAGCUGUACGUACGCGCGCGAACUCGAUUGUUACGAAUGCAAGCGAAGAUUAAUUAAAGGCUAAAUGAAGAGUGUGAGAAAGGCGGAUUGUAUAAAUAUAAUCGUCUAAGAAGGUAGCGAAAAGAGUAAUACUGUAAAUAAUUGUGAACAUACAAUUGUAACCAAAUCAUUCACGGCGGAAUAAAAACGAAGCUUCGUGUCGCAAAUGAAGCUGCCAAUAAAAUAUUA